AUGACAGAGAAAUAUGCUCCAAAGACAAAAGCACCAAGCAAAGACAACUGUGUGUAUGACAGACUGUUUAAGCCUACUAGCACUGUAACAAGAAUAGACACUAUGACCUUGAUGAAGAGUACAGAACAAAUUAUGAGUAUGUAUAAGGUCUUUCCAUUUGCAAACAGUACAGAGCUUCCUGCUUACGCAUCUGUUCUUAGAUACAGCAGGGAAGCCAAAGAGUUUUCUACUUAUCAGUUGAAAGACUACAGUAACUCUGUGAAGUGUGUGAUUCUCUCUCUUUUCUGCUGCCUGCCAUAUGACCCUGCAGAGGGAAGUUAUGGGACAGAACACAUAGGAGAUGUUUCUCCUAAUUUAAAAGAAUUCUUCUAUUUGGAGAACCAGCCAUUUGACACAACAAAGGCUAAGUCCAGAUGGAGUGGUGCAAAGUCGUUGCAGACCUAA